AUGCAUUUAAGCAGAUGCGUUGGCCUCGGCAUUGGCAGAAGCGUUAGCAGAAGCAUCAGCGUUAGCAGAAGCAUCAGCGUUCGCACUGGCGUUCGCACUGGCAUUGGCGGAAGCGUUGGCGCUUGCAUUGGCGGUAGCCUGGGCGUUUGCGGCAGCGGCAGCGAACCUUCACCCUCACCCGAGGUACCAGUAGGGCCGGGGAUCGCCCACGAGACGCUGGUGCUAGUGCUGAAAGAGGGAGAAGUGCCAGAGCCAGAGCCAGAGCCAGAGCCACCUACGCUUCCAGAAGCACCAGCGCCGCCCGAAGCAGAUCCGGAACCGCCAGCACCAGCGGAGCCGCUGCCAGAAGCCCCAGCGCCAACAGAGCCCGAGUCGGAACCUUCAGCGCCCGAGGAGCCAGAGUCAGAUCCAGAGGGGGAGGGUAGGCCAGAAGAACUCGCCCCGGUCGAUCCAGUGCCGGAAGCACCACCUGAAGCACCGCCAGAAACACCGCCAGAGCCAGAGGCACCGCCACUCAAAGAUCCGGAAGCACCGCCGGAAGCACCACCAGAGCCACCAGCAGAUCCAGUUCCAGAAGCACCACCACCAAGAGAACCAGAAGCACCACCGGAGCCAGAAGCAUCAGCAGAUCCAGUACCAGAGGCACCGCCGCUAAGAGAUCCAGAGGCACCGCCAGAAGCACCACCAGAGCCAGAGGCACCUCCUCCAAGAGAGCCAGAGGCACCAGCGCCGAGGGAUCCAGUGCCAGAUGCACCACCACUAAGAGAGCCGGAAGCGCCGCCAGAUUCACCGCCAGAGCCAGAAGCACCAGCAGAUCCAGUACCGGAAGCACCGCCGCUAAGAGAUCCAGAGGCACCGCCAGAAGCACCACCAGAGCCAGAGGCACCAGCAGAUCCAGUACCGGAAGCACCACCACUCAGAGAACCUGAAGCACCGCCAGAGGCGCCACCAGAUCCGGAAGCACCGCCUCCAAGAGAGCCAGAGGCGCCAGCGCCGAGGGAUCCAGUGCCAGAUGCACCACCACUAAGAGAGCCGGAAGCGCCGCCAGAUUCACCGCCAGAGCCAGAAGCACCAGCAGAUCCAGUACCGGAAGCACCACCGCUAAGAGAACCAGAGGCGCCAGCACCGGCAGAUCCAGUACCAGAGGCACCACCGCUCAGAGAUCCAGAGGCACCACCGCUCAGAGAUCCAGAGCCACCACCAGAGCCAUUACCAGAUCCUGAUCCGCUGCCGAAUAGACCGCCAGAUCCGAAGAGGUCUCCAGAGCCAGAGCCACCAAGGCCAAGACCAAGACCAGCACCAAGACCAGAGCUACCAGAGGCACUGGCACCAGCAGAUCCACUACCGGAAGCAUCACCAGAAGCACUGCCAGAGCCACCGAGGCCGAGGUCAGCACCAAGGUCAGCCGAGCCUGAGCCCGAACCGGAUGCAUCAGCGGAGCCGCCGAGCAUAGAGCUGAGACCACCGCUGGCUGAAGCAUCGGCGCUGCCGCUACCUCCGCCGUUCAAAAGGCCGUCGAGGAGAAGGCAGGGCUUGCGGGCCUCAAGGGUUUUGUUGGCGGCGGGAGCUGCGAGAGCUGCGCUCACGAGCAGGAGAAUUGUGGCAGUCUUCAUUUUUGUUGUUGAAAGACUGAGAGUAAAAUUGUAA